GGCACUGAAAGAAGCACCCAUCUUUGACAUCCCUUCAUCUCUUACCCCUUGCUCCCCAAACCUCUGAGUUCCAUUAAAAGGAGAUCCCAGAGGUUGCAAGACUAGUCAAACAAGAUGUGCAGCUCAGUUGCUCCCAGGCUGUGGUUCUUAACAGAUCGUCGUAUCAGGGAAGACUAUCCUCAACAGGAGAUCCUGAGGGCGCUCAAGGCCAAGUGCUGUGAAGAGGAACUAGACUUUCGGGCCUUGGUGAUGGAUGAAGUGGUACUGACCAUUGAGCAUGGAAACCUGGGUCUCCGGGUGAAUGGGGAGCUCAUUACUGCCUAUCCACAGGUGGUGGUUGUACGUGUGCCAACGCCCUGGGUCCAGAGCGACAGUGACAUCACGGUCCUUCGCCACUUGGAGAAGAUGGGUUGCCGGUUGAUGAAUCGGCCCCAAGCCAUCCUCAACUGUGUCAACAAGUUCUGGACCUUCCAGGAGCUGGCUGGUCAUGGUGUGCCUCUCCCAGACACCUUCUCCUAUGGUGGUCAUGAGAACUUUGCCAAAAUGAUUGAUGAGGCGGAGGUGCUGGAGUUUCCCAUGGUGGUGAAGAACACACGAGGUCACCGAGGCAAAGCUGUAUUCCUGGCACGAGAUAAGCACCAUUUGGCAGACCUGAGCCAUUUAAUUCGUCAUGAGGCCCCUUACCUGUUCCAGAAAUAUGUCAAGGAGUCCCAUGGCAAGGAUGUGCGUGUCAUCGUGGUAGGCGGCCGCGUGGUGGGGACCAUGCUGCGCUGCUCAACAGAUGGAAGGAUGCAGAGCAACUGCUCACUUGGCGGUGUAGGGAUGAUGUGCUCACUGAGUGAACAAGGCAAGCAGCUGGCAGUCCAGGUGUCAAACAUCCUGGGGAUGGACGUGUGUGGCAUCGACCUACUGAUGAAAGAUGAUGGCUCGUUCUACGUCUGCGAGGCCAAUGCAAAUGUAGGUUUCAUUGCCUUUGACAAGGCUUGUAAUCUAGAUGUAGCUGGUAUCAUAGCGGACUAUGCCGCUUCUCUCCUUCCCCCCGGUCGCUUGACGCGGCGUAUGUCCUUGCUCUCUGUGGUGUCCACGGCCAGCGAGACUAGCGAGCCAGAGCUGGGCCCUCCAGCUAGUGCCGCUGUCGACAAUAUGAGUGCUAGCUCCAGCUCUGUCGACAGCGACCCUGAGACCACGGAGAGAGAGUUGCUCACCAAGCUCCCGGGGGCUUUAUUCAACAUGAACCAGCUACUAGCCAAUGAGAUCAAACUCCUUGUGGAAUGA